UCGGCCCAGAACCGCAGCGAGCGCCGGUUGCGGCUCUGCUGCCUCCGCCGGGAUGUGACCUUCACCGCCGCCUUGCCAGGAUGACCGGAUCCCCUGUCCCGCGGCAUCCGCGGCUCGCCUCAACCUCCCGGGUGCUUUGACUGCACGUUCCCGGCUGCCCGGCUCCCCGGCCAGGGCCUCGCCAUGCCGCCACCGCCCGGGCCCGCCGCCGCCCUGGGCACUGCGCUUCUGCUGCUCCUGCUGGCCUCCGAGUCUUCCCACACUGUGCUGCUGCGGGCGCGAGAGGCGGCGCAGUUCCUGCGGCCCAGGCAGCGCCGCGCCUACCAAGUCUUCGAGGAGGCUAAGCAGGGUCACCUGGAACGGGAGUGCGUGGAGGAGGUGUGCACCAAGGAGGAGGCCAGAGAGGUGUUCGAAAACGAUCCCGAGACGGAAUAUUUCUAUCCAAGAUAUCAAGAAUGCCUGAGGAAAUAUGGCAAGCCUGAAGAUAAAAACCCGAACUUUCCCCCUUGCGUUCAGAACUUGCCUGACCAAUGCACCCCAAACCCUUGUGAUAAGAAGGGUACACAGCUCUGCCAAGAUCUCAUGGGCAACUUCUUCUGCCUAUGCAAAGCUGGCUGGGAAGGCCGGCUCUGUAACAAAGAUGUCAAUGAGUGUGGCCAGAAAAAUGGGGGCUGCAGCCAGGUCUGCCAGAACAAGCCAGGAAGUUUCCAGUGUGCCUGCCAUAGCGGCUUCUCACUUGCCUCGGACGGCAGGAACUGCCAAGAUACAGACGAGUGUGCAAACUCGAACACCUGUGGGGAUGCACGCUGCAAGAACCUGCCGGGCUCCUACUCCUGCCUCUGCGACAAGGGGUACACCUACAGCUCCCAGGAGAAGACCUGCCAAGAUGUGGACGAGUGCCAGCAGGGGCGCUGUGAGCAAACCUGUGUCAACUCCCCAGGCAGCUACACCUGCCACUGUGAUGGGCGUGGGGGCCUAAAGCUGUCCCCAGACAUGGAUACUUGUGAGGACAUCUUACCAUGUGUGCCUUUCACUAUGGCCAAGAGCGUGAAGUCCUUGUACCUCGGUCGCAUGUUCAGCGGUACCCCAGUUAUCAGACUACGCUUCAAGAGGCUUCAACCCACCAGGCUGCUGGCUGAGUUUGACUUCCGAACAUUUGACCCAGAAGGAGUCCUUUUCUUUGCUGGAGGCCGUUCUGAUAGCACCUGGAUUGUCCUGGGCCUACGGGCCGGGCGGCUUGAGUUACAGCUGCGUUAUAACGGGGUUGGGCGCAUCACCAGCAGCGGGCCAAUCAUCAACCAUGGCAUGUGGCAGACGAUCUCUGUGGAGGAGCUGGAACGCAACCUGGUAAUCAAGGUCAACAAAGACGCUGUGAUGAAGAUCGCAGUGGCUGGGGAGCUGUUCCAGCUGGAGCGAGGCCUCUAUCACCUGAAUCUUACCGUGGGUGGCAUUCCCUUCAAGGAGAAUGACCUCAUCCAGCCUAUUAACCCUCGCCUGGACGGGUGCAUGAGGAGCUGGAACUGGCUGAAUGGAGAAGACAGCGCCAUCCAGGAAACGGUGAAGGCAAACACAAAAAUGCAGUGUUUCUCUGUGACCGAGAGGGGCUCCUUCUUCCCUGGGAAUGCAUUUGCCUUCUUCAGCCUCAACUACACCCGGACGUCACUGGACAUUGGCACGGAAACCACCUGGAAAGUAGACGUUGUGGCUCGGAUCCGCCCUGCCACUGACACGGGGGUGCUGCUAGCCCUGGUGGGUGACAACCACAUCGUCCCCCUCUCUGUGGCCCUGGUCGACUACCACUCUACGAAGAAGCUCAAGAAGCAGUUGGUGGUCCUGGCAGUCGAGGAUGUUGCCCUGGCACUGAUGGAAAUCAAAGUGUGCGACAGCCAGGAACACGUAGUCACGGUCUCCCUUCGGGACGGUGAGGCCACCCUGGAAGUGGAUGGUACCAAGGGCCAGAGUGAAGUGAGCGCUGCCCAGCUGCAGGAGAGACUGGACAGCCUUGAGAAGCAUCUGCAAGGCACUCUGCUUACCUUUGUUGGAGGCCUGCCAGAUGUUCCAGUGACUUCUGCACCUGUCACGGCAUUCUACCGUGGAUGCAUGACCCUGGAGGUAAACCAGAAGACCCUGGACCUGGACGAGGCCUCCUACAAGCACAGUGACAUCACCUCACACUCCUGCCCACCUGUGGAGCAUGCCACGCUCUAGCACCCAUACACAGGAGGCCUUCGCACCUUCCCACCAGCAAAGGGAAGCGGAGGUAUGGACUCACUGGCUCCUCCCGAGCAGGUCCAGCAACACUGGAGCAGGUGGGCUACUACUGCCCUCGGGGCUAUUUUUUCUUAAGAUAUUUCUUUGCCUUGUAUAUAUAUGUACAUAAUGGGACUGGUAUCAGGUCAUUGGCUGUUCCUAGAGCCCCUUGGCCUCCAGGGAGCUGGCCAGCAAGGCUUGGGCUGGAGGGCUGAGUGGAUUUGAAGAAAAUAAUUCUGUUAUUUUUAUUACCACAUGCUUCUGAUUCUAAAGUAUGGAAAAAUAAAAAUUUACAGAAACCUUUUUAA